UACUCGCAAGUUUAAUCUUAUUUUUAAUAGGGAUUAUUGGUUAUGGCCACAUUGGAUCACAAUUAUCUGUUCUCGCUGAAUCCAUGGGGAUGACUGUGUAUUUUUACGAUAUCAUUCAAAUUAUGCCUUUGGGAACUGCUAAACAAGUUAGUACGCUGCAUGAACUUUUGGAACGAGCAGAUUUUGUCACUUUGCAUGUCCCUGAAACUGAAGACACAAAAAAUAUGAUAGGGGAUGCUGAAAUUAACAAGAUGAAGAAAGGCAGUUAUUUGAUAAAUGCAUCUCGCGGCACUGUCGUUCAGAUUCCAGCUUUAUUAAAAGGUUUACAAAGUGAACACUUAAGAGGCGCAGCAAUUGACGUUUAUCCACGUGGUUCUACCGAAGAAGCACAACGAAUGAUCGGAAUUGAAGUAGCAACUGCACUUUUUAAAUACAUAAAUUACGGCACUUCUAUUGGCGCGGUUAAUUUCCCUGAGAUUGACCUUCGCGCUAUUCAGGAUACGGAAAAAAAUUCAAUUCGUGUUCUUUUUGCUCAUCAAAAUGUUCCUGGUGUGCUCAAAGAAAUCAAUCAAAUUCUUUCCGACCACAAUGUGGAGAAGCAAUAUUCGGAUUCACGAGGAGAAAUUGCUUACAUGAUGGCCGAUAUUUCUGAUGUUAAUGAGGAUGAUAUUCAUAAGAUUUAUGAUACUAUAA